CAGGAUGGGGCAGUGGCUCUGCUGCUGCAGGUCCAGGGAUGACCCUGGCCCCAACCAGCAGUGUGUACCUGACCGGGCGUUGCCCAAGCCGCUGCUCAGGGAACCCGUGCAGGUGACACAGGGCCAUGGCCAGAGGAAGAAGAGGGACCUCGUCCUCUUCAGAGACACCCUGGUCAUUGCCAAGACCAAACCUGGCAGCAUCCCAUGCCCACAGCACUGCCUGGUCCUGGUCCUGCUCCAGGUGCUGAGCGGUGGGAAGGGCUCAGACGGCGAUGCUGCUGAGGAGGAGGAGGAAGGGAAGGCCACCAGCUCCCUUGUCUUCCUCUGGCCCUGUGGCUCUUGUGUCAUCACUUUCUGCUCCCGAGCAGUGAAGGAACUCCGGGUCAACGCCCUCCUUGGACCACCGGAAGGAGUUCAGGGAGCCAGGGUGACCCAGCUGCCGUCCAUAAGGCUGAUGCUGAAGGAGCUGAGUGGCCGCCAUGCUGUGAGUGUCCAUCCUGCCUCUGCUCUGCCCCCAGGGGCUGCCCCAGCCCAGCAUCAGCUGCAUCGCUCCUCACCUUCUGUUCUUUUCCACUUGCCCAGGGGACGGCACUGGAUGCCAGCAGCCUGGAGGAGCUGCUCCAGCGCCAGGCUCAGGUCAGACUCACUUGAGGUGCUAUCUCACCCAUCCCCACCUCUCACACACGGCCAGCAGCUGAUGCAGCUCUCCAGGGGACCUUUCUGCUGUGAGGUUCCUUGGUGA